AUGAAGAAAUUCACCUUCAAGGGCGUUUUGGACGGGUUUCGGUCGUCGGUCAACCAGCAGACACCGGCGGGUGGUGGUGCGGCCAAAAUCUGCAUCGAGCAGGAGAUACAGGAAACGCUCCGUACGGAACACUUUCAGCUGAAAAAGACCUUUCGCCAUGGCUUUCCCUACUCGCCCACGGCGCUGGCCUUCGAUCCCGUCCAGCGAAUUUUGGCCGUGGGAGACAAGUUUGGCUCCAUGCGGCUGUUGGGCAAGUUCGGUGUGGAUGCCUGCGUGAAGCAUGAGGGUGAAUCGGCCUGUGCCGUCAAUCUGAUCGAGUUCCUGGUAAAUGAGGGGUGCCUGGUGACGGCCACCGCCGACGAUACGCUGCAUCUAUGGAAUUUCCACACCAAAAUCCCGAAGGUGGUGCAGAGCCUGAAGUUCCAGCGGGAAAGAAUAUCUCGGCUGCAUCUGCCCAUCGGUACCAAGUGGCUGUACAUUGGAACGGAGAAGGGCAAUACGCACAUCGUCCACGUCGAUUCGUUCACCCUCAGCGGCUACGUUAUCAAUUGGAACAAAGCUAUCGAUCCCAUUCGCAAGACGCACCCUGGCGCAGUGGUUCACCUGUCCGAUAAUCCGCUGGACGCAAACAAGCUGCUAAUAGGAUUCGAGUCCGGUCAAUUAGUGCUGUGGGAUAUGAGAGGAAAAUGUGCGGAAUUUCGCUGGCUGUCGCAAGAGCCGCUCAGCUCCUGCUCCUGGCAUCACGAAGGGAAACACUUCAUAACAUCACACACCGACGGUUCUUUAUGUACGUGGCCUUUGAAACUUUCACCAAAACCCUUAACUCAUAGUUUUCCUCACGCUAAAACGAACAAGGAAGGAAAAACGGAAAGCUGUAACUCUAUUCAAAAAGUUGAAGUGAAAACGAAUAGAAUAGGAGAUCAAUUUACCAUUUUCUCGGGCGGUCUGCCGACGGAGAAAUGCAGUCCCAAGUCGCACUGCAUCACCGUCAUGGUGCAGGGCAAAUCGACGACCGUCCUGGAGAUGGAGCACAGCGUAGUCGACUUUGUGACCAUGUGCGAGAGUCCGUGGGUCAGCGACCUGCAAGAACCGUACGCCGUGGCGGUACUGCUGCAGAAUGACCUCGUACUGAUCGACCUGCUGACGCCCGGCUAUCCCACGUUCGAGUCGCCUUAUUCGAUGGACCUGCACGAGUCGCAGAUCACCUGCUGUACCUACCUGGCCGACUGUCCGUCCGAUCUGGUGCCCGCGUUCUACUCGGUCGGACGGAGCGCGGCCACGAACCGGCGCUCCGGCUACUCCGAGCGCGAGUGGCCGAUCAAUGGCGGCGAAUGGCAGCCGACCUCCUGCAGCUACUCGGAAAUCAUCCUCACCGGCCACCAGGACGGUUCGAUCAAGUUCUGGGACUCCAGUGCCGGUACGCUGCAGGUGCUGUACAAGUUGAAGACGUCGAAGAUCUUCGAGAAACCCCGAGUGAGAUCGCUGGACAGCGGCGAGGAGGACCCGUUAGCCAUCUCAAUGCUGUCCUUGUGUGCGGAAUCGAGAAAGCUUUGUGUUGCCUGCAACUGUGGUUAUGUCGUUCUGUUCAAGUUCCGGAGAGCCGAAAGUACCGGGGACAUUGUGGUUUUGGACAUUCCGUUCACCAUGGAAACUUUUACCGAAUUUGAAGGCAGUCCCGAAUGUGAGUUCAUACCUAAAUCACUGCCAAAAACCGUUGACUCAACCGAGAGCGAUAAGAAGAACUGCAGUUUAUUGAAGGUGAAAACUGGACCACAGCGAAAACCGCCCGGGUUUCAAGCUCAGCUGGUAUGCGUUCCGUCGUGGGCGUGCGGCAGUGUGCAGAUAACUGCGCUCACCAUCAACUCCAACUACGGACUUAUGGCGUACGGCAACGAGUACGGCUUAACGAUAGUGGAUAUUGUGAAGAAAACGUGCGUGCUAAACCUGUGCACCCAGGAAAUCUAUGGCGCUCAGGACCCGUACUCGCGGACGCCCCGAAGUCCGAAGCGUUUGGAAAAUAGUCAAUCGAAGGACGAUUCAUUGCGUUCCCCUAGUAUAGAUCAGGCCGGCCCCGAUGAGCCGGCACGACCGGAGCAGGUGGGCGAAACGGUGGGUCCCUCGGUUCCCUGUCCGGCCGUUCCGUCCUCCACCUUCGCUACCUGCGUCCCCAGCACCACCAGCACCGAGAGAAGGGAACCGGCCACUAUGCUGGACUGUGAUGUGGAGGAGCCACCGCCGGUGGUGGGGGCGUUGGCUGGGGUGCCGGGCCCAGUGCAGAUGCAGGCACCACCGGUCGACGAAGCAGCGGCGGCGGCGGCGGCACGACGUGCCAAGAAAUCUUUCAUUGAAUCGCUCCCACUGCCGAAGUGGCUGCGGAGUUUGAAUAAAUUGGAUAACUCAUUCUCGAGAUCUCGUUCAUCUUCUAUGUCAAGCUUAGAAAAUAAUGCAAUGGAGGCUGUGACUUGUUUGGCUUUUGCCGAUAGUUAUGUAAAAAAAAGCGAUCCCUCAAUGGCGUUGCCUACUGCAUGGUUAGGAACCAGUUUAGGAUCGAUCCUAACCAUCUCUCUAUCCAUUCCGGAGAACGAUCUGAGAAAAGCGAACGUGGUCCAGUCGGCACCUACCGGAGCUAUGUUCCGGCUAAAGGGGUCCAUCCUUUCGAUGUCACUGCUUGACUGUAACGGGGCACUCAUUCCGUACUCGUUUGAAAGCUGGCGCGAAGAUUCGAAGGACGGCAAAGAAAAGCGGGAAAGGACGCCAACCAAGACAUCAUCCACCAAGAUGAGCCCUACCAACCCGGACGGUUUGUGCGAUCGGCAAUUCAUUGCGAUCGCGAGCGAGAAGCAGGCGGGCGUGUUUGCACUACCCAGCCAAAAUUGCGUCUACCGGAAGAAGCUGGUCGAUUUCGAUUUUAUCGUGAAGGCAGAAAUCAUUAGCAUGAAAGAUAGUGUCUGUCUGAUAUGCUACGCUUCGAACGGGCAUCUGAUGGUGUUUACUCUGCCGAGCCUGAAACCGCUGCUCGAAGUUGAUUUUCUUCCAUUGGCCGAUCUAAGUUUCCAAACCAAGUGUAAACAGGGCGUGGUGGAUCCAAUGCUGUCCAUUUGGGGGCAACAACUUAUAGUCAAUGAAGAUUCGAAUGUGAUUUCACGGACGUUUAGCUUUAGUAACAAGGGCCACGGAUUGUAUCUAGCCACACCCACCGAAAUCCAAAAAUUUACCGUUUGCCAAGAAUUCAGCCACCAAUACAACAAUAUGCUUGGCGAUCUCUACGUACCUCAUGAAAUGCCGGAAGCACCGAAGGAAAGCUUCUUUAAAGGACUGUUCGGCGGAGGCAUGCGCAACCUCGACCGAGAGGAGCUGUUUGGUGAAUCGAGCGGCAAGGCGAACCGAUCGGUGGCGAAACACAUUCCCGGGCCGAACGCCAACAUCCAGGAGCUGAAUGCCCGGACGACCUCGGUAACGUCGGAGAUCGGUAAGGCGCACCAGCUGAUGCUCGAGCGCGGCGACAAGCUGAGCCAGCUGGAGGAGCGCACCGAGCGGAUGGCGAACGAGGCGCAACAGUUCUCCAGUUCCGCCCAUCUGCUGAUGAACAAGUAUAAGGACAAAAAGUGGUACCAGCUGUAA